AUGGCUUUGCGAGCACGCUCAGCAGCACUUGGUCGUCUAAGCCAUCGCUCCAAUAAUCGUCUUACAGGCCAAAGACGUCUCUUAGCCACUUCCUCUGAUGCUCGACCGUACGACGUCGUUGUUGUCGGAGGUGGCCAUGCCGGCGCGGAGGCAUGUGCUGCUGCUGCUCGUUCCGGAGCUCGCACAGCUCUUGUCACGCCGUCCCUUUCCAAUAUUGGCGUCUGCUCCUGCAAUCCGAGCUUUGGCGGAAUCGGAAAGGGCACAAUGAUGCGAGAAAUCGAUGCGCUAGAUGGCGUGGCCGGUCGUAUAAUUGAUAAAGCGGGUGUUAUGUUUAGGAUUUUAAAUCGAUCAAAGGGACCAGCGGUUUGGGGACCGCGAGCGCAGAUCGAUCGAGAUUUGUACAAGCGAUAUAUGCAGGAAGAAUUGGUCUCGACCAAGAAUCUCAGCAUCAUUGAAGCAAAAGUUGAGGAUAUCGUCGUGUCCCAAGACGACCACCAGUCGACCCCAAAUACUAGCGGCAGGAUCGUUGGUAUUAGGUUAGACUCUGGCCAGGUAGUUCCUACGAAUCGGGUGGUGAUUACCACGGGGACGUUUCUAGGAGGGGAGAUUCACAUUGGCCUCGAUGCAUAUCCAUCAGGGCGUAUGGGUGAGGCGGCCACACAUGGUCUCAGCAAAUCUCUACGGCAAGCAGGCUUUCAACUUGGUCGCUUGAAAACGGGGACACCGCCGCGACUAGACAAAAGGUCGAUAGACUUCACCUCGUUAGAGGUGCAACCAGGGGACUCGCCGCCAAGUCCUUUUUCUUAUAUGAAUAAAACCGUUCAAGUGGGCGACGAGGGCCAAUUGACUUGCUGGAUGACCCACACCAACGAAGCUUCUCAUGAAAUUAUAAGGGCAAACCUGGAUAAAUCGAUUCACAUCCGCGAGACCGUCAGAGGACCCCGGUAUUGUCCAUCACUAGAAUCUAAAAUCAUCCGUUUUACGAACAAGAAGCAACACCAAAUCUGGCUUGAACCCGAGGGAUUUGCACCGAAUGAGAUCAUAUACCCCAAUGGAAUCUCUAUGACAGUGCCAGUGGAUGCACAGGAAGCCAUGUUACGAACAGUCCGCGGUUUAGAGAAUGUACGCAUGCUCCAGCCAGGCUAUGGGGUGGAAUAUGAUUACAUUGAUCCACGCAACCUGAAGCCCACGCUAGAGACUAAACUCAUCAGCGGCUUGUAUUUGGCUGGUCAGAUCAACGGCACCACUGGCUAUGAAGAGGCUGCAGGUCAGGGUAUACUGGCAGGCACGAACGCCGGAUUGGCAGCGCAAGGAAAAUCACCCCUGACCCUUACCCGGGCAGAUGGAUACAUCGGGAUCAUGGUAGAUGAUCUGAUUACAAAGGGUGUUUCAGAGCCGUAUCGCAUGUUCACAUCUCGCAGCGAGUUCCGCAUCUCCAGUCGUUCAGACAAUGCCGAUCUUCGACUCACACGCAUGGGUCGAGAGGCAUCUGUUGUUUCAGAUAAACGCUGGACUCAUUUCUCAGAGACCAAGGCACAGAUCGAUGAACUAUCGGCAUUAUUAGACGGAACACGGUUUACGUCAAACCAAUGGUCUCGCAUGGGAUUUCAGACACGAGUGGACACAUCAUACCGCAGUGGUUUAGACAUGCUUUGCCUCGACGGAGUCCACAUUGACCAGCUUAUACCAUAUAUCACGACAACUAAUGGCGGAGGAUACUCUGCGUCGUCAUUCGACCCUGAGAUCAAGAAACGCGUGACAAUCGAAGCACAGUAUGCCCCUUACGUAAAACGACAGUCUCUCAUGGCCGAGAAAUUCAAACGUGAGGAAAAGAUGCUCCUUCCACCAGACCUGGACUAUUCCACCGUUCAUGGACUCAGUACGGAGGAGAAACAGGCAUUAGAACGUGUUCGACCUGAAAGCAUCGGCAUGUUGAGGCGAAUUGAGGGCAUCACGCCGACGGGAGCAAUUCGAUUGCUGAUGCAUAUCCGUAAGAGAGAGCGACUCUCUAGUGAGAAUGAGGAUGUCAUUCGAGAGUUAGCAGCUUCCAGCGGUGUAGCUUAG